UAUUGUUUCUCAGACAAUCAUCUCUAUUUGACAGCUGUACCUAAGAAAAUUUAUCGUGUAAAUUCCACAUACCUCGUAGAGGUUAUAAUUUUUUUAUACAAUCUCUGCUUUCGCCAUGGAUCCACAGAGGUCCACGCUAUCCGGACCUAUGGCUCCGGCCCUUGCCUACACCGCCAAGAAGACGGGCCCCGCAUCCCAGCACUGGCCCUGCCGCCCGGGCGCGUCCCGGGACGUGACCGAGGUGCACUCGCGCCUACCCGCAGAGGAGAACACAUAUUUAGCUACGGAGCAGCAUCAGAUUUAUUAUGGUAGAGUGAAUCUGAUUAACGUUAUAGACACCGGCACAAACCUAACGUGCUGCAAGUACACGGAGGACCGGCGCGAGGUGGCCGCGGGCUUCGCGGACGGCGCCGUGCGGCUGUUCGACGCGGCGUCGGGGCGCUGCUCGCGGCGCCUGCGCGACGCCGAGGUGCGGGCCAGCCCCGCGCCCGUCACCGCCAUCAAACACCGCCCACUGAGCACGGGGCAUCCCGUUACUGAGACCUUCUUGGUUACGUAUUUAAACGGCAACAUAAAGUGCUGGAAGUACAGAUACGAGCAGUGUCUGUACACCAUCCGCGAGAAGCGAUCAACCCUCGGGCUGUGCUACCACCCGCGCGGGCCCAAGUUCCUCACGUGCGGAGACGACGCCACCCUCCUCAUGUAUGAUGAAGAGGUGCAGACGGAGGAGAGAUCCUUCUAUGCCAGCGGCUUCAAGAACGUGAUCGACGGCCACACGUCGCUGAUCCAGGCGUGCGCGUUCCACCCGCGCGCGCCGCACGAGCUGGCGUCGGGCGGUCAGGACGCGCGCGUUCUGUGCUGGGACGAGCGCCAGCCGUACGCCACGAGGCACAUCAUCGGACCGCGCAUCAUCGGCGAGGGACUCGACUUCGACAAGACUGGCCAGACUAUCCUAACAUGUUCCUGGGAUCUGGGCGGCAGCCUCCAGCUGUGGGACUACGGGUCGUGCCGGCUGCUGGAGACAGUACGGCCGGACGAGGUCGCCAGCCGCCUGCACUGCGGCCGCUUCGUGCCGAGGACUGGGCUGGUGGUGUGCGGGGGCGGCGGGGAGGACAUGCUGAGGGUCGUUAACUUGUGUCAUGGAGAGACGGUGUGUUCGAUACGCAACAACCCCGGCGCGGUGGCAGGGCUGGACCUGGGCGCGGCGCGGCGCGGGCGGCGCCCCGACGACAGCUGCGAGAACCCCUCCGACAUCCUCGCCUGCCCCGCCGUCGCCUACGUCAGCGGGAAACGACUCGUCACCGUCGACUUUGGAUGACUUGCUGGAAAGUGGAUCUGGUAUCCCGUGUGCUGGAUAUUGCUCUUGUAUCGUAAGGAAAAAAUAUUUAUUGCUAAUAUAAAACAUAAGAUUGUA